AUGGGUUUCCGGGGUCCCGCCGCUGCUCUGUGGACCCCUUCGGCCCCUGGUGCUCCGGGCGCUGGCAGCGUCACCGGACAAAGGCCACCGAGCGCGGGGGUGUCCCCGAGGUGGACGCGCGGGUUUACUUCCUCUCCGGCCCCACGGGCGCGCUUCCCUCCUGACGGAUUCCGAAGCCCGCCCCAGCACCGUCACCGCACCAGUGGCCCAGGCUUCGUGGGACCAACAGGGCUAAUCCUGCCCUGCGGAUCUAAUCCGGAUCGGGACCCGGUCCCAGGGGAGGCCCCCACCUCCCCUUCUAUUGUUCUGGGGCCCAGGUAUCAAGAGAAGAAAACCGGCAAUUGUAUCAGAGUGCGCAUUUAUUGGGCAUAA